UGACAACAAUCUCCUACGUCAUAUUCCGCCUGGAAAGCUCGAAAUGUGAGGCUCGCUGCCCCUUUCUACCGACGUAUAUGUGUGUCUUAGAAGCUCUUAAACUCCGAUAUUCCUCUCUGUCACGGACCCCAGUGUCUUGAGGAGUGUUUUGGAAGUGUUCGCGGAGAGUUGGAAGCCGUAGCGCCGGAUGUGUGACGAGGAUCAGUGCGGGUAAAUCGUUCCGACUUGCCGGGUUUGCAAAAAAAUGGAUAUGGAGGACUCUCAGCUCGAGAUCGACCCCGAUUUUGAACCGCAGAGCAGGCCACGCUCGUGUACGUGGCCCCUCCCCCGACCAGAGGUUUGCACCAAGGAAAAUAAGACCGAUGGCAGCCCAGAGAGUGAGCAAACGACGACGGGAGAGGGAGGGAUCGAGCCCAAAACCGAAGCGGGCACGGUGCCAGGGCUUGCCGAGCCAGCCCCGGCUGCACCGACCACCGUAGACGCCACGAGUCUGCAAGCGGAGCUGCAGGCGCCACAGCCCAAGAAGAGCUCGCGGCGGAACGCGUGGGGGAAUUUGUCGUACGCAGACUUGAUCACGAAGGCGAUCCAAAGCUCGCCAGAAGGCCGGCUGACCCUCUCCCAAAUCUACGACUGGAUGGUGCGAUGUGUGCCAUACUUCAGGGACAAGGGAGACUCCAACAGCUCUGCAGGAUGGAAGAAUUCCAUCAGACACAACCUGUCUCUGCAUAGUCGCUUCAUCAGGGUUCAGAAUGAGGGCACCGGCAAGAGCUCCUGGUGGAUGCUCAACCCCGACGCCAAGGGGGGGAAGUCCCCCCGCAGAAGGGCCUCCAGUAUGGACACCAACAACUCCAAGUAUGAGAAGAAACGCGGCCGUGCCAAGAAGAAAGCGCAGGAGGCGAGGGAUGCCGCCGCCGCAGCCAACGCGGGAAGUCCCACCGGAAAGUGGCCCGGGAGUCCGCAGGACUCGAAAUCAGAGGGCGGCACUCCAAGCGGUGAUGGGAAUCUCAGCGUGUCCACGGCCUCCCCGCUGUCUUUCAACAUUUCCGACUUCAGGCAGAGGACGAGCUCCAACGCCAGCAGCCUGAGCGGGCGCCUCUCCCCCAUCAUGGGCCCAGACCUCGACGACGACAACCAAGUGCCACCGAUGUCCCCGGGCUGGUCCGACUUCGGCAGCAACAGCAACCUGUCUUAUGGGACCUCCGACUUCCUCAACCAGUCCACCGAUCAACUCACCCAGUCUCUCCAACAAACCAUGAAGCUCAAUUCUCCAGACCAGCUCCUUGGGGACAGCGGUCUCAGUGGGAUGAGCUCCAUGGACAGUGUAGGAAGCCUGGGACUGGGUGGGUUUGAUUCCCAGCCAGAUCCGUUCAUGAGAAGGUGCCACAGUGUGGGGAGCAGGGCGCAGCUGCCCUCCCCCAGAAGGCAAAACACGGGCUACAGCACCCCACCGCCGUCGUUCAAGAGCCCCUUCUCACCACUCCCGGUCCCGCAGCCUGCCCACAGUCCCAACCCGCAGCAAGGCAGUCUUCCCAGCGUCAACGCACCCGGUCCGCAGCAGGACCCGACGCAGUUCAGCCUGCAGCAGCUCUCCGACGUCAUGCUGACGCAGACCGAUCCCAUCCUGACCUCGGGCGACCCCGUCAUGUCCUCGGGCGACCCUCUCAUCUCCCAGGGCAACAUGAUGCUCCGUCAAGACCCCAUGAUGUCGGCCUGCCCCGAGCAGGGCAGCCAGCUCAGCAGCCUUCUGCAGGGCACCGGGAUGAGCUACGCCUUCAGACAACAACAACAACAACAACAGCAGUUGCAACAGCAGCAACAACAACAACAAGCACAACAACAACAACCACAGCAGCAGCAGAACUUCAACAACCUCGGCUGUGCCUUAAACCAGAUGCUGGGAGGGAACAUGGGAGGGAUCAUGGCUGGACAGUUGGGCGCAGCUCAGCAGCAGCAGCAGCAGACCCUCCCGCAGAUCUCUACCUUCGGCCUGAUGCACCAGCAGAACCCCACCACCCUGCACCAGCAGGCCAUGGCCAACUCCCAGGCCAACCAGCUCCUCUCCAUGCACCAGGAGAAGUUCCCCUCCGACCUGGAGCUGGACAUGUUCAGCGGCGGCCUGGAGUGUGACAUGGACUCCAUCAUCAAUAACGAACUGAUGGAAGACGGCGGCCUUGAGUUCAACUUCCAGCAGGACCCCGGCCAGAUGGGGUCGUGCGCGCCCACCUCUGCGGGGAUGACCCAGUCGAUGACCAUGUCGCAGACUCAAACCAACGCGGGAAGGUUAGGGUACCGAGAGACUGUGAUUUAACCGACUCUCGUAGGGUUAACGUGUUAUAAAAAGUCGACUGUGAUUCACAGGUAGUAGGUAGAUACCCUCCCUGAUAUUCUAUUGGUUGAUUUCAAGUUGGGUCAAAAGUCAGAAUUGAUUCCAAUUUUUUUUUGACAAAAUGAAUAAUAAGUUUCAUGACCAUUGAUUGAUUUGUAACUUUUUUUUUGGGGGGGGGGUUCUGGUUAAAUUUAUUGUAGUUAUUCCAGAUUUUCUGUCAGUCAGGGUUUUUACACUAGUUUUUAUGUUAGUCUGUCUUUUAGGCAUGGAGGGUAAGCUUUCAUGGAUGUCUCAAUGACCUUUGACCCAAAAUGGCAUCAGCCAAACCAUUAAAAAGGUGCUUGGGUAGUUGUGACUGUAAGAUCAGUUGCUGUCAGUGUCUUGUUUUUGUAAACCUGUCACAGAAACAAAUGAAAUAGUUGAAGACUUUUCCACCUUUUCUAUUUUUAACCACCAGAAACUAAAAGGGCAAAUGAUAUUUGUAAAAUGUACAUGUAAUUUGCAAAGUGUCAGAUAUCAUAAUAAGUGUCACUCAGAAUGCACAUGUUUCUAGGCAUGAAUAAGAAGCUCACCCCUCGUUGUGUCAUCUACGGAUGUGCAAAAAAUGAUUAGUGGCUUUAGUAUGCAGAUCAAGACUUUUGAGAUAUCAGAGCGGGAGAAGAACGUGUUUCACUAUACAGAUUAGGAACAUAUAGAUUGUAAAGAUUUUCUAGAACGACGUUGUUAGCUUGCUGUGAAAGUAGCUAUCAAUUUGUGUUGUACUACACGUAGUUCGGACAGUUGUGUCAGUACCCGUAUAAUCAGUACAGGCAGAAAAUGCUCCGCAUGAAUUCGGUUAGGUUUGCCUCUUUCUUCAGAUUCAUGCAUAUGAUUGUCUGAUGAUAUUUUGUAGAAAAUCAUGAAACUGUGGAAAAAAUUCCCGAAACAUAUCUUUCAUACUUUGGUCAUGGUCAGUCAUGGGUGUUCGGUAGGAGCUAGUUGUAGCUGGUUUUAACUGGAAUUUUUGACUCUGCCAGUUUGAGUUUCUCUGUUUAUGUGGGCUUUUUAGCCCGCCAUUUGGUUGCUGCUUCUCGGAGUUGCCGUCCCGUAGAAGGGACGUUAAGCCAUUGGUGUUGUGUCAGACCAUGUGCACCUUAAAAACUCACCACAUUUUGGUAAAAGAAGAGGGGAUAUCCCAUGAUAUUUUGGCCCAAAGCUAUAAUCAUUUGUUCUGGACUGUGGGGCUCGACUUUUGGCCAGUUAGGCAGUGUGGCUACAUACCAACUAAAGCAAUGAAAUAAGAAUGAAAAGGAAUGAAAAUUUUGGGUGAACCUAGCUACGCAACUGAGACUUUUCCUACUGAUCAGUUUUUAUUUGUUAUGCAAAUGACACUUGGGGCAAAUGGAAAUCAAAGGAAGACAUUAGCCCUUAUUACGAUAAUUUUAGCAUGAUGAAAAAUGUUUACAAAAUGACAAUGGUUUUUGGUUAUUAUUGGCAUAAUUGGCAAAAUCUUUCAGAUAUGAAGAGGGCUUUUUUGUGUGUUUUUCUUGGGAUUCCUCCACGUUUGUUUUUAAACGGUGCGAUUUUGUGCGACCAAGUCUUUCAGCCGUAUCUUUGCGAAAACUUUCUCUACAUCAUAAACAACAAAUGUCAACGCUCUGCAUGUCGGCAAGUUGGGUUUUUAAUGUGUCUUUAAAUGUAGCCUUGUGUAUCAUAGACAGCACUGUAAGCUGUCAACAGACAUGUAAGAUUUUGAGAGAUUUUUGAAGCAGCUGUGGUUUUGAGAGCCAGUGGUCUCAGUUGUUUUCUAGACUUGCCGUUUCCCUUGUCGCGUGUGUUUGGACUUGAGGUAUGUCAGAAAGGGGUUUCCAACAGUUUCCACCCACAGUGCGUGCGUUUGUUAUUGCGAGGGCGAAUCAAAGGCUCGUGAGGAAACGCGAUCCCCGCAUGUGUAAGCCAGGAAUCUGUGAUAAACACUCCCUGUGUAUCUCAGCCCAAGCAGAUGUCAGGUCAGAGGUCGCAGCACUUGCUAGGAGGAAAGAUAGCAGCAGAUUUGUAUCAUAUCAGGAUGCACAUGUGUGGAACUUUGGCUUUAUUGUGAAAAAAGACGUAGGGGUGCUCCGAAUGUAUAUAGUCCACAAUGAAGACUGUUUAAAAGUGUUUUUACACUGUAGUUUGAUAAAAAUAAAAAAUAGGCUUGUAUUUGUGUAGGUUUGGAUGAAAACCUGAUCGAGAAAAAUGGUUUGACUGAAGUAAAGUGCUUAUUGUUGUGAAUCCUGUGGCCCGUUGUUUUACACGUGCCAUGCAAAUUUGUGUUUGCGUAGGAUAGACUGUGUUUUUAGUUUAUGGCAAAAUGGUGGACAAGUCUGGACGUGACUUGAGCAUUCUCAUGUCUAGUGAGAAUGAACUUUAUAGCGCACAGGAAAUUGAUGUGUUUUUGGUUAGAAUGUGGCAAGCUCCUAAAUAUUUUGGGUGUUUGCUGGUCUUGUCUGGGUUCACACCAAUAGGCACCAACUCGUCACAAGUAGUAAUACAUCAGAACGAAAUGUAGUGUAGGAUUUUACCAUGUAUCUAGUCACGAUGGCAAAUAUGAGUACAGAAUUGAAAAAAAAGAAGAUGGAGCUGAAAAGGAUACAAGUCCAUCAGAUCGAAAAUUAUGUUGAUUUGCAAUGUAAAUAAUGUAUAAAUAUAUUUUGUAUGAAAGCUUAUGAUCAAGUUGGAUUUUUCUGCAACAUUUGACUGUUUGAAUCAGUGUGUCCAGUUGUGUAGGUGUUUUGUUUUGUUUUUCUCAUGAAUAAUCUGAUUCAUAUGAAACUGUUUUCCCUACAAAAUGUCCACAGCUAUACUUAAAUUGGUGCACAAAUUUCCAAAACGAAAGCACAAGCUGAAAAAUUUGAAACCAGAUAAUGUACCUAAAGGUGUUUUGAAGCACCCCCUACCUCAAUGAUGAAGAAAAUGACAUUCAAGGUGCUAUCGAUCUCUAAGCAAGUGAAUUUCAGUUGUAUCCCAUGCUAUUUGUUAUUUUGGUUUUGUUUUAAAUUGCUUUGUAACAUCGGUGUGGGGCAUCGGUUUACAAAAAAGAAGAAAAAGCAAUGCACAACUUAUAUGCGAUGCAACCAUUUCGAAAGUUUUAACAUUUAUGAGGAAAGAAAAAAAUGUGAGGAUUCAUUGAAGAUGGGAAAAUAGCUUUUGUAUGGUGGGAGUCAAUACUGUAGUUCCACUCCUUAACCCUAUGGGAACAGUGACUGACACUGACUGCUGUGAGGACUUUUGAUUGACAGGUACAGUACUGUACAUGAGACAACACUGCUCGAUGUUGUGUACACACACACACACACACUCAGCCUCUUUUUAUACUUGACGUUUUAUCUCCUGAAAGUGGCCAAAAUUACAAUGGAUUGAAAAGUUGAUAGUUCUAGGGCAAAAAAAAAUGUAAAUAGGUCAGAUUAAAUCUUGGUGCCAGUGCUUAUAUAUCUUUACAUGUGUAAAUCUCCGGCUACUGUACUAAUCAAUAUUUUUGCAUAAAGAUUUCAUAUUUCAGGAGAACACCUUGUAGUAGUCCUUCGAUGUGCUAUCUCUGGGAUGGUGUGACAAAAGUAUAUUUUUGUUAAUUCUUACCAGAAUCUUUACAAUGGUAGAGAGAGAGAGAGAGAAAGAAAGAAAGAAGGGAUGUUGUGAUCUCGAAAGUUGUGUCUGGUUAUUGAGAUGUUAAACAGCACAAAAGUGUUUCAUAAAAAGAGUCGCAGAUAUAACAUACAACUGCAAUUUGUGCCACAAUUAACGUACCUUUAAUUAAACAAGAUGAUAUAGUUAAUUAAUACAUUACCUUGACGCAUGUUUUCUCCUUUUUAUGUAGAGUAUCCUGUUUUAGUUACCUAAGAUAAAAAGAGUUGAAUUUUUGUAUUGUUGUAAUUCUGCUGAACAAGCUUUGAUAAGUUUUUGGUUGUAAUAAGAGUAGUUGUUAGGAGAAAGUGGAAAACCUUGUACAUAAGUGCUUUCUUACUUGAUAUGUGUAAUUUACCUCCACAUGUGGAGAGGCAGACUGACUGGAUGUGUCAUUCAUGAAUAUUCAUCUAUUAAAGACAUGAACAUGUCA